UGCAUGCCGGCUAGUUCUUGAGAAAGAUGAAUUUCAAGGUAUUUUCAAGAUGCUUAGCUACUGUAUUGAGACCAAAUACGCCAAAGAAAGAAUCUAAACAAUUUUUAACAAAUAGAUGUCCAUUGUGGCGUAUUACACAGCAUUCGCAGUCAUUUUCCACUCUUCAAAGUGCACGGUUUAACAGACAGGAAGACAAGCAAGUGUUCAGUAACUCGAGUGAGGUUCCGUAUGGCAUACAAGCAAGAAACUUUACCAUUGGUAGGAAGUUAUGGUGCGAGAAGAACGAUGAAUUUGAGCCAAUUAGGAAUCCAAGCACUAUAAGAGGAAAAAUAGACAAAUUUGAUUAUUCAGGUGAGCUGGCUCCAUUACGCAGACUUGACCCUAAAGAUACGCUUUUUGUGUUCAACAGUGUUGAAGAACUAAAAGAUGCACCUGAAGUUGUUCAGAAGCUAUGCUCUGUUGAGUUUGCUGACAGGCUACAGAAGAGGUUUCAUAGAAUAUUUGCAAUGAAGGAUACGAUACGUAAAGUCUGUGGUGUGGAACAUCGACGAGAGAUGAUUGUUGCCAACAUGACUUUGCAGAUUCGAGCUACCAUUCACCACUUACAAAACUUUCCUAGGGAUAUGCAAGCCAAGAGAUUUGUUGUUGAAAAGAUUGCAAAAAGGAAACGGGAACUCAGACGAUUGCGUGCAGAAGAUUAUGAAAGAUUUUUGUGGCUAAUGAACAAACUUGAAAUUAAGUAUGUGCCACCCUCUAUGUAUACUCGAAAGGAGACAAAGUAUGGUCGCAGAAAGAGAUUGGCCAGGGAAGAGGCUUUCCAAAUGAAGGCACAAAAGCUUGAUGAACUGAAGGCAAGAUUGGAUGCUGAAAAAGUAUUGUUUUCCAAAGAAAAGGACGUAAUAAUGAAAGAAAUUGAAAUGGAUUUGACAAAAUUUAAUAUUGACAGAGAAGAUGUGUUAAAAAAGGUCGAAGAAAAGAGACGUGCAAAACUAGGGCUAGAUUGAAUUGUGUUCAAGAAUCAGGUCAUCUAUCUAAAAUAAUCUCAAGUUAGAAGUUAUGUGACACCGAGGUCACAUGUUGAGAUAUUCAUGAGUUGUGUGAGUAAAAGUGUAUUUUACAGUAAAAUUAAGGAUGAUACUGGCAGAAAUACAACAUAUCACAAAACCAUUACCGUUGUUAGAGAAGCAAUUUUCCAUUUUAUGUUUAUUUCAGAAAUGAUAUCAGGGAAAUCGAAAUCAUAUUUGUAUAUCAUGGUCAAAUUUGGAAACAAGAAAGAUAACUCUUGCAGGUUCAAUUUGAAAUUACAUUGAAAUGAAAUAAAAUGGAUUGUUUACACCUUACAAA